CCUUUUUACUAUUCGGGAACUGCGCAUGCGCGAAUGAGGAAGGACGCCCGUAAACGUCAAUAAAAUGGAAUGACUCUCAUCUUAGGUCUUCGAGCGGGACACCAUGGAGGAAACUCCUCCUGUGUCGGAAGCCAGGGAGACCCCGACCACUCUCCGAAGAAGCCCGGAGAAGGAGGGAGAAGAAGGAGCCCCGUGUUCCCCGGAGAGGAGCGAUGGUGGCUCCCCUGCACUUUGGCCCUCGCUGCUGGCACUACUUCCAAAGGAGGGCCUGACCCUUGACCUGGGCCCUUCAGAGGAGGUGGACCCUGCUAUAACCUGGCUACUGGAGGAAGGGGCUGGGCUCCUCCGGACCCCCCUCCCACCUGGGGACCCCAGCCUUGGGCGCCUCUUGUUCCUGAGCAGCGCAGCCUGCGACUUUUGCUGGGAGCGGCUGAACAUGGGGCCUUGGAGGGAGGUGCGGGGGACCUGGCGCAGGGCCUUUGCCUGGGGAUGCCUCCUCCGUGCCCUGGGACUCUUCUGCCAAGACACCCAGGGCGGACCCCUCCAAGCCCUGCGCCAGUGUGACUUGGGCCUGCUCCUGGGAGCUCCACUCCCGGGAGACGCCUUGCAGAGGGUGGUUGGCCUCCUCCAGCGGCACCUGCACGGCCUUGAAGUGGACAAAGAGAAGGAGGAGGAAGGAGCCCCCCCUCCCAAGAAGAUCCAGAGGGAGUUUCCUGUGAGGCCCGCCAUGAAGAGCGAGGCAUCUAUUUCAUACCUUCUCUGCCCAUCGCUGGAGCACUUCCGGGACCACUACCUGGUCCCCCAGAAGCCCCUGGUCCUGGAGGGGAUCGUGAGCCACUGGUCCUGCAUGAAGAAGUGGAGCGUAGCGUACCUGCGGCAAGUGGCCGGCAGCCGGACUGUCCCGGUGGAGCUGGGCUCCCGCUACACAGACCAGGAGUGGUCCCAGGCCCUCAUGACUGUUGGGGAGUUCAUCGACAGAUACGUCGAGAAUGAGUUCCCAGACCGCACUGGAUACCUGGCUCAGCACCAGCUUUUUGAACAGAUCCCAGAGCUGAAGGCAGACAUUGGGGUCCCUGACUACUGCUGCCUGGGCAAAGGGGACGAGGAUGACAUCACCGUGAACGCCUGGUUCGGUCCUGCUGGCACUGUUUCCCCACUCCAUCAUGACCCUCAGCACAACUUUCUGGUCCAGGUCAUGGGCCAGAAGUACAUCCGCCUGUAUUCACCCCAGCAGUCGGAGCGGCUGUACCCGCACGAAGGCCACCUCCUCCACAACACCAGCCAGGUGGAUGUGGAAGACCCCGACCUGGAGACAUUCCCCCAGUUCCAGGCCGCAGCCUUCCAGGAGGGCCUCCUGGGCCCUGGGCAGGUCCUCUUCAUCCCGGCCGGACACUGGCACUAUGUCCGGGCCUUGGACACCAGCUUCUCCGUCAGCUUCUGGUGGUCAUAGUUUCGACCUGGAGCAGAUGCAGGAGGAAAGGAAAAGGUACCAGCCGGAGGGGCUUGUCACGGACGGCAGUGCAGCCGUUUUGGUGCUGCCAUUGGGAGGGCCUGGCAGAUAGGCAGAGAGCCACGAGAUGGGGUAUUGGAGGAGCCAGAGAGGAGAAGGUGGGGAGAACUGUUGCCCUUUUGGGAUUAAUCAGAACCUGAACUGGAAUAAACGAAAUAAUGUUUCUAAGAAUCCUGUCUUCCAAAUUGAAAACUUCACCGCUGAUGGGAAAUGAAAAGCAAUGUGGCUAACCAAGGAGAAUCAAACCAGUUUUAUUUGAAAUUUUAUAAUAAACUGUUUUAUUUUAAACUUUAAAA